AGGAUAGACUUCUCAUAUAUGGCUGUUAUAAAGAGUAUCAAAGAGAAUAUGGACACUGUACCUUUUUUCCAUUUACUCUACAAACUUGGAGGCUGUUGCAGCAACAGCAGCUGAAAAUCCUGGCCAUUGGAUAGCAACCUUUGGUUGGCUAGCCACAAAGUCAUUUCUGGCAAGUCAUGAGUGGGUAAUAAGCUUGGGAUCUUUUUAACCAUGGCUGCUGCUGCUUCAGGCUUUACUGAGAUUUUAUAUGGAUGGCCUUUCUCUGCUUUUCUGUUUCACUGGCUCCUUGGAGAUAGGUACUGAAAGGCUUAAAGAUCAAGCCUUUGAGGGGAAGUUUGAAGUUUUUUCUGCUUUGAGUGCAGAGGCAGCACUUGAGUUUUAAGAUCAAAAUGGGAUUUUGACUUUUUUUAAUUGAUUUAGUGACGUGUUUUAGAGAAAACUGAAAGGAUAGCUAGAUUAGAUGUUUUCUCGGCGCCUUUUUUUGGUGAAGUGUGAGUUUUGAGGGAGAGAAGGUUGGAUUGUUGCUGGAAACCCUCGGUUCAGGUUCAAAUCCUUGUGGGCAGCUUUAAGGAGGAAGGUUUGGUGGUCCAAGACCUGGGUUUUUCGCUGAUCUGUCAAAGAGGAUAGGGAUUCGAUUGAUUUCUUGAUGAUUUAUUGGUUUCUUGGUUUUCAAGUGAAGGAAAAGUUGGCACCUUUUUUACUUCCACCUAUUUGAUUCUCCCUCAAAGCUUCAUGCUGGUUUUGAUUUGGUGGUGCUGGAACUGGAAAUGAUUCUCUGGUGGUUAUAUGCAAGCUCUAAUCAUUUUUUUGGCCUUUAUUUUGUUCUUUUCGUGAUGAGAAUGAGGAAAAGGAGGCACGUUGCUUUUAGUAGUAGCAUCCCCAAGGUUCAAUCUUGCAGUGCCAUCACUUCAAGUCCCUGCAAUGUGGUGCUCUCCUGAUGGAAAAUUAAUUUGAGGAGUGAGUUGUGUGUGUGUUUUCGUGGCAGCCGAGAAUCCAAUCCAUUCCAUACGACUAUUUGCUCAAGUUUUUGAUUCUUCUCAUUGAGAGCUACAGUCACUUUUGUGUCUCCCUAUCUUUUACGCCACUGUCCAAAGCACAUAAAACAGCAAGCAAGGGGAAACUCAAAAGCACUCAAUCCAAGAUGACUAAUUACUCUUCAGAUCUAUUUUCAUUCAUGCCUGAUAAUGAAUUCGUUGAGCUACUAUGGGAGAAUGGGCAGAUAGUAUUGCAAGGCCAGUCCAAUAGACAUAGGAAGAGCUUGUUCGCCAACACUGCAUCCACCCAAUUGAGCAAAGCUCAGGAGAAGGAUGGCAGUCCGAGAGUUGGGAGGUUUGAAGCUUUCGAUUCAGUGGUUAAUGACUUAUCUCCCUGCCGUGCCGUCAGGCAAUGGGCUGAAUGUGCAAGAUGAUGACAUGACCCCAUGGAUGAACUACGCCCUUGAGGAUUCAUUCCAGAAUGAUUACUGUGCAGAAUUCUUAUCUGAAUUCUCAGGGGUUGAUUUGAAUUCUUUGAAUGCUAAUAACACUGGUAUGCCUGCUGAUAGGAGAAGCGGCUUUGGCCUUGGUAGGGAUUUUCAGCAUGUUGAUCACGCACCUGUUUCAAGAGGGCUUGCAGGAGGAGUUUUGGAGCCCGGCAAGAUCAGGACCAGCCAGUCACUUCAUUCACCACAACAAUGUCAGAGUUCAGUUCCAGUUAGCAAGUCGAGAGUUGCUGAAUUCAGUGAUUUUGGUAGCACCAGUACACAACAGGGCCACUGCAGUGAUGUCUUGCGUACAAGGCCUCAAAAGCAAGAUUUCUCAAGCUCAGAACCACCAAGAGUUAACAGUGGUUUGAUGAAUUUUUCCCAUUUUCUCAAGACCGGUUUCAAUCUUGAAGCCGAAUAUCCAUAGUGCGGAUAGAUUGAGGAGCAAUGAGAAGGCAUCAACU